AUGUUCCAACUUUAUACAUUAUUUAUUAUAAUCACUAUUUCUUUAGCAUCCACUAUCAAACUCAAAAACCCUAUUCAAGUUGAUUAUUAUAAUGGCAAACUCAAUCAAAUUUUCUUAGAUCAAAAUCAUUAACUAUGGUUUGAAUUUGUUAAAUCUAUUGAAAUUCUUAAUCCAAAAGAAACCAUUUGUAAAUCUAUUCCAUAUCAAUUUGAACCAGAAAAUCCCAUAACAAUUCCAUUUCAAAAUAUCACUUCAACAUUAUACAAUAAUGGACUCAAAACAUUGUUUGUUUUAGAACAAAAAUAAUUAACACUUAUCUAAUUCCUAUUUACAAAUUUUUCUAUAAGCCCUUAUCAUUUUAGAAAUGGCUAAUCUAAUUAAAUUAAUCGAAUAGAGGCAUAAUCCUAUGAUAUUCAAGAUGGAAUUGCUUUGGCAUAAAUAGAAGAAAAUCUUAUUGUUUUACUCAAUACUAAUUCUAAAUUAAUUCUUUUUGAUUUAAAUACUAAAAGCUUUGUAGAUCUUUAAUAAUUUUAAACUCAACCUAUUUGGAUUACAAGUGCAAAUCAUUUUUUAUUUGUUGGGUUUUAAGACAAAUUGAUUUAAUACUCUCUAAAAGACAAAAUGUUAAUAGAAAUCAAUCACCUCGAUAUAUUUUUAUAAGAUACUUCAAUUUUAAUGGUUGAGUUAAAUAAUAUUUAUAUAAAGUUUCCUUUAUUUAAAGUUAUUAAAAUAACUUAUAGUUUAAAUAUAUUAAAGUUUGAAGAUUACUUAAAUGAGAAUAAAGAAAUCAUAAGUUUAUCAUUAUCAGGAGAAAAAAUAUCAUAUUUGACGAAUGACAAUGUAUUUAUAAAUUCUGAUCUCAAAUUAUUUGAAUAAUAUGAUAAAUUUCUAUAAUUCGACGACGUUAUUAUUUUGAUUUCAAAAGGAGGGGUUCAUAAAAUUAUAUCAGAAUUCACUGAUGAAAUAUGUAUCUAUGAGUGAUAAUAAAAGCACUUCCAUUAUAUAUUAAACAUUAAAAUGUCAGCGAUGCACAUUUCAUGAAUAAUUUUGGAAUAAAUUAUCACAUAAUAACUAGAUCAGAAAAACUCAUAUAAAUUAAUGAAAUUUAAUUUAUAGAAUCUUUUAUUGAAUGUGAUGAUAGAAUAUAACAUAAUGAAGAAGAUGUUUAUUUUAUAGCUUAGGCAGAUAAGUGCUUUGAUAAAAAAAAAACAUCUUCUUUUGCAAAUUGCAAAUUCGAAGGAAAAAUUUAAUGUAUAUUUAAUAUUUAAUUUAAUAGUUAAUAAAAUUUCUAUUUUUUAUUCAAAAUUUUCUGAUCUUGCUUAUUUGAUGAUUUUAGUAUUAAUGUUAUCCAUAAUUUUGAUUAUAUUAGCCAUAUAUUUAACUCGAAAGUUUCAAAGAUAGGCAGAAUUAUAUACAGUAACUUAGAAAGUUAUAACGAAUGAAGAUCAAUCAUAAGAUUAAAUAAAUUAAGAAAAAGAAUGUUGA